AUUAAAUAACAAAUAAAUAAAAUAAUACUUUUAUAUUAAUAUUAAAAAUAAUAUUAAAUUUAUUGUUAAUUUUUAUAAAAAGUUAAUAAUAUAACAUUUUUAUAAAAUAUAUUUUUUUUUUAAUUUUAAUUGUUAUAAUUAUAUUUUUUUAUUUUUAAUUUUUAUUUGUUAUAUUUUUCCAAUCCAUUUAUGAUAAAAAUAUAUUAUAAUAAGCAGUAUUUGUAGUAAUCAUUGUAAUAAAAAGUAAUCAUUGAUGUUAUAAUAAGGAUAGCAUAUAUAGGGAGUAUAUAAUAAUAAUAAUGAUAAAAUAUAGUUUAUUGUUAUUGUUUUUAUUUUAUACAUAUAUUACAAGUGCUUACAAUAGUAAUAAUAAUAAUAAUAAUAGAAACUUCAACUUAGAGACUAUUCAAGAGGGUAAUACUUUGAAAAUAAAAGGGAAUUAUUUAAAUGCAAACUCUAAAUUAUUUUUAAAUCAACAAGAAAUAAAAGCAAACUUUAAUGGGAAAGAAUUUAAUGCUCAAAUACCUUUGGAUUUGUUAGAAUAUAACUUUAGUAUUGAAAACUCACCUAAUGGUCCAAUCAUACCAGUUUCAUUCACCCCAAAACCAAUUAUCAAAUACAUAUAUUCCAUUUUCAAUAAUAAUACAUUUUCAGUUAUUAUAAAUGGUGAAUUUUUAGGAACAACCAUAAAUAAAAAAAGCAACUAUAAUAAAAUAUCAAUCAAUAAUGCUCAGUGUCUAGACCUGUCAAUAUUUAAUAAUGAUAACACCUUAAUAAAAUGUACAUUAGUUAAUAAUCAACAACAAGAACAACACGAAGAGCAGCAUCAACAACAAGAAUCAUUAAUAAAUAAAUAUAUAUUAACAAAUAAUAAAAUUAGUAUACAAUCAUCAAAAUACAAUAGCAAUGAAAAAACACUAUAUGAAUUUAAUGAAAUACCGGUAUUAAUUCAACUCUUUGGUUACAAAAAAGAUCUAUUAAACGACAAGCUAUUUUACUUUAAUACUUCAUAUUACAAUUCAAAUUGGUAUUUGAAUUCGAGUAUUAAACUAACCAUCUUCGAUGCCGAUAAUAACAAUAAUAUAGUUUUAAAUCAACAGCAACAGAACCAACAACCUUUAGAACAACAGUUUCAAUGUGAACCUUUAGAUGAUAACCAAUCGUUGCUAUGUAAUAUUACCUUAAACAACAAUAAUAUAAUAAACAAUUAUAAUUAUAAAAAACUUUUAAUGAGUGGAAAUGCAGUUUUACAAAUUUCAAACAUUCGAAUUACAAGUAAACCAAUUAAAUUUUCAUCUCUUUUAAACAGUUUUUAUGAAUUUAAUAUAAACAACAAUGGUAAUAUAACAAGUAAAAAAAUCAAUGCUGGCGCUUCCCUAAACUCAAACUUUCAUAUAUUGUUUGCAACUUUAUUUCUCUUAAUUGUUUAUUUAUUUUAAAUUGAAAUAAAAAACAGUCAUUAGAAAACUAAUAAAAGUGUAUAUAUAGGUU